GUCCCCCACCUGCUCCCCAUUUUCAAAUCUCCCAUGCCAGACGUGAUGACAUCCUCUAGGUGAUGGGCAGUGGACACGAGUGGUCCUGGUUACAGCUGGCCUUCGCUGGCCUGUCCCACACCUAAGGAUAUGGAUUCUAGCCCACUGGACCAUAAGCCAGACCCCCUGAGGGUCAGUUAUUUGGCAAAUGCCAGUGCUCUUUGGAAUCUUGCUCAUGACUGACAAACACACCCCACGCCCCUUCAGCCAUAAUUUUCACCUCGUACCCAGAGAGAGAAGGGCCAUGGGCUCACCUUCCAUCCAACCCAAGUCUUUCUGGCCAAGGACUGCAGGCUUCAAGCAACACCUUUCAACCUCUGAAAGGAAAAAAGAAGGCUGGGGGUGGGUCUUAGCUGCUGCCACUGACAUUUUAUUGUUUAGGGUUUUUUUUUUUUUUUUUUGAAUACCGGAAAUUAAGGGGAAGUUUAGAAACUUCAUAAUGGCGUCAUGAACCAUUGCACUUGGAAAAUGUACUUUUGAACAAUUCCCUUGAUUUAUUGUUUUUCGGAGGCCAUGGACAACAUGAGAGUAUAUUAUUCCCAUAUAAUUUCCUGAGUUUUCUAUGUCAAUUACUUUGUUUUAUUAAUGAGAGAAAGGAACUAAUAUUGAUUGAGGUCCUUCUGUGUGCCAGGCGGAGUGGUCAUCUUUUCACUGUUAGUUACAAAGUGAGCCUGAUAAGCAGAGAAGAUGAAUAUUGUUUAGAGAUGAGGAAAUGGGGCCCAGGGAGGAACUUGCCCCACCUCAUCUCCAGGACUGGAAUUCUGUCCAGUCUUCACGUCCUUUUGUAUUGACGGAUGGGAUCAGCCCAUGUACUGCUUACAUGACUUAGGUUUUUGUGGGGUUGAGAAUAUCAGUUGUAGCUCUAAUGGGGUGUGAUUAUUUAUGAUUUUUAAAAACAUAUGUAUAUAUAUAUAUUUAUACACACACACACACACACACACACACACACACAUAAUAUCCGAUUACAUAUCAUGUCACAGUUUGCUGUAGAGUGAGGCGGUCCUUCCUGUAACACUUGUCUUGCAAGGCUAUGGACAGAUACUGGUAAUGGGACCUGUGGUUUAAAUGUUUGUCGUUUAGAGGAAUAGCAUAUGUCGUUUAGCUCAAACCAUAUGGGGUCAAAAACAAGGUCGGGCAUGGUGGUUUGUGCCUGUAAUUCCAACACUUUAGGAGGCUGAUGUGGGUGGAUCACCUGAAGUCAGGAGUUCGAGACCAGCUUGGGCAACAUGGUGAAACCCCUCUCUACUAAAAAUACAAAAAUCAGCUGGGUAUGGUGGGGGGCGCCUGUAAUCCCAGCUGUUUGGGAGGCUGAGGCAGGAGCAUCACUUGAACUCGGGAGGUGGAGGUUGCAUUGUGUCAAGAUGGCACCACUGGACUCCAACCUGGGCGACAGAAUGAGCCUGACUCUGAUGAGAGUUAUCAAUAAUAAUGGUAGUUUCUGUUUAUCGUUUGCUAUGUACCAGGCACUAUUCUAAGUGCUUUUCAUAAAUUAGCUCACUUCAUCUUUGUUAUAACCCUGUGUUCUAAGUACAGUCAUGCCACCACAUCACGAUGUGUGGAUCAGCAAUGGACUGUAUAUGCGACGGUGGUCCCAUGAGAUUAUAAUACAGUACCUUUGCUGUACUUUUUCUAUGUUUAGGUAUGAUUAGAUACACAAGUGCUCACCAUUGUUGUAUAGUUGGCUAUGAUCUUCAGUACAGUAACGUGUCGUUCAGGAUUGCAGUGCAGGAGCGAUGGGCUAUGCCAUGUAGCCCAGAGGGGUAGUAAGGAGUUUUGUGUAAUUUCACUCUGUAAUGUUCACACAACGAAAUUGCCUAAUGACGCAUUUCCCAGAAUGUGUCCCUGUCCUUAAGCAACGUGUGCCUGUUCUAUUAUCGUCACCCCAUUUUACAGGUGAAGGACCUGUGGCACAGAAAUGGACUAACUUCACCCAGGGUCACUCAUAUAAUAAAAGGCAGGCUGGGUGCAUCCACUCACGCCUGUAAUUCCAGCACUUUGGGAGGCCCAGGCGAGAGGGGCUAGGAGUUUGAGACCAGCCUGGGUAACAUAGAGAGACUCCAUCUCUACCGAAAAUACAAAAAAUUAGCCAGGCAUGGUGGGAUAGACCUGUGGUUCCAACUCCCCAGAAGGCUGAGGUGGAAGGAUGGGUUGAGCCCAGGAGAUCAAGGCUGCAGUGAGCUGUGAUCAUGCCACUGCACGCCAGCCUGGGUAACAGAGUGAGACCCUGUCUCAAAAAAAAAAAAAAAAAAAGGCCAGGCACGGUGGCUCACACCUGUAAUCCUAGCACUUUGGGAGGCCGAGGUGGGUGGAUCACCUGAGGUCAGGAGUUCAAGACCAGCCCUGCCAUCAGGGCGACACCCCAUCUUAAAAAAAAAAAAAAAGUCAGAGCUGAAACUUGAAGCCAGAUAAUAAGGCAGGCAGAGGGCACAGGAAACACCCCCAGAUGGGCCAUGAGCCAGUGCCUCAGUCAGGGUCUGAUAGUUUAGCUGAAGAAGGGAGGUUUAGGGAAGAGACUGUGGGGGGAGGAGUUAGGGAAGGUGUCAGAGAAGGUUAGGGAACCGCAGGGAUCAUGGGCAUGCUACAGUGUUGCCAGGGCAAGGGAGGACUGGCUGCAGUAUGGGGCUCCCAGCCAGUGCCAUGUGGAGAGGGACCUGUGACUCCUAUUGUGAACUCUCCCUUCUUCUGUCCUCUGACCUCCUGCUAGUACCUCCCACUGGCUGAACACAAUGGAUGGCCAGUGUACUGGGGAGCUGUUGAUGGCACCCAUGGGCAUCUGCUUCUUGGCACAGAGGAGACAGAGGAUUGAGUUGAGAGGGAGAGGAACUGGAGAAUAGCCCAGGGAAUGAGGGGUCCCAAUGGUUGAAGAGGAGUGAGCAGGUAAAGCGGGUAGAUGGUGAAGUCAGAGAGGCCAGGGGUCCACACUACAUGGGGCCUUUGGCUUUCUUUGGAAGGGGUGGGAAGCCAAUGGAGGGUUUGAGCAGAUGUGUGUAUCACAGCCACUGCCAUCAGGAGAAUGUCUCUCUGGUAGGGGUGAACAGAUGCCCCUUCCUCUCCCUUUCUGAGGAUGAGUGCUAAGGAGGAAAACGCCCUUUCCUCCAACGUCUUCAGAGGAGACGUCUGCCCAGUCUGGUCUACGUGCCUCAUGCCAGCCAGCCUGUAAACGACAGGAAAGAGAAAGAAGCAGUGUGUCUCAAAAGAGGAUAUUCUGGAACCUUUGAUAAUCAGAGCCCAUUGUAAAGUCAUGUUUUGAGUUACAGCAUUUAAAUCUUUGUUCCAGUGGAAAACUUUUACAGGCUGUCCUGGGCAAGCCUUGAAUCCUGUUUGGAUCUCCAGAGGUCUUAAAAUAGUGUGGGAUGCCGGGAGACUGGUUCCAAAAGGGAGGAGACCUGCUGGCUGCCCUGGCCACACCUUGGUGGGACUGGCCCCUGGCCUUGGGGACCCUACCACUCUGCUAGCUGUGUUUCUGCAGAGCUGGGCACACAAAAGCUUUCUUGUCUGGAUUUGUUCCCCUAAGAGUGUGGCACCAAACUGGCCUUGCCCAUGCAGGAAGCUGGUCCUGUCCAGCUGGGGAAUGAAAAGUUGGCCAGUAUCUUCUCAGGCCGCACUUCAGCUGAGUUUCUUUCACUGAGCUGGUUCUCUUAGGAUGCCCAGGGGAAGGAGAACACACUAGAGUGAGAUGGUGAGUGAAGAAGGAGGUGGCUACUCAGACAGCUUCCACUUCUGUCACGCUCUGUUGCUGUGACCAAGGCAUCUGGUCAUCUGGAACCCAUGGCAGGCAGGAAGCUCUAUUCUACCCUUGUGUGCCCCAAAGCUUGUUCUGGGAAUGGGUGGUUUGGGGAACAGUGCUUGCUGUCUUUGAGUCUCCAGUCCUGUAAAACGGGGAAGGUAUACAUCAGAGGGCCUUGGAGGAUAAGGUGAGCAGUGCUUGGCAUGUACCUGGCACAUAGUAUCUGUUCAGCAGAUUCCCUUUCAGCUCAAGCUUAGCUCUUCAUCCACCUCUUGUUGGCCUGAAGGAGGGGAGGUAGGUACUAUUAGCCCCAUGUUUUUUUUCUUGAGACAGAGUCUCGCUCUGUCACCCAGGCUGGAGUAUAAUAGUGCAAUUGUGGCUCAAUGCAACCUCCACCUCCCAGGUUCAAGUGAUCUUUCCGCCUCAGCCUUCCAAGUAGCUGGGAUUACAGGUGUGCACCACCACACCUGGCUGAUUUUUAUAUUUUUAGUAGAGAGGGGGUUUCGCCAUGUUGGCCAGGCCAGUCUUGAACUCCUGACUUCGACUGAUCUGCCCACCUCUACCUCCCAAAGUGCUGAGAUUACAGGCAUGAGACACCGUGGGCACAGCUUAUUAGCCACAUUUUAUAGGAGGUCAAAUUCGACAGCAAGAGGCUAAGCGGCAUGGCUGAGAUAAGGUCUGUGGUAGCACCUAAGUCUUCACCCCAGACUUGGUAUACUUCUCAUCACAGCCACAAUUUUAUACCUCAUAUCUGACCCAGGAGCUACAUACCUGUUUUUUUGUUUGUUUGUUUGUUUGUUGUUCUUGUUUUUUUUCUUUUUGAGACAGAGUCUUGCUCUGUUACCCAGGCUGGAGUAUAGUGCUGGGAUCUCAGCUCACUGCAACCUCUGCCUCCCAGGUUCAAGUGAUUCUCCUGCCUCAGCUUCCUAAGUAGCUGGGACCACAGUCAUGUACCACUAUGCCUGGCUAAUUUUUUUGUUUUUAGUAGAGACAGGGUUUCACCAUGUUGGCCAGGCUCGUCUUAAACUCCUGGCCUCAAGUGACCUGCCCACAUUGGCCUCCCAAAGUUCAGGGAUUACAGGUAUGAGCCACCAUACCUGGCCGACACCUAUGUUUUAAUUUGCAAAGGCAUGUUGAUGCAUUUUAAAGUUGUUAUUUUAAAAUUAUUAUUUAUAUUUGCUAUUAUAUCAUAUAUACAUAUAGAUAUAUAUAUAUACAUACAGAUAUAUAUAUACACACAUAUAUAUACAUACAUAUAUAUAUAUACACACAUAUAUAUACAUACAGAUAUAUAUAUAUACACACACACACACACACACACACACAUAUAUAUGGUGUUAUUUUAUUAUUUUGAAAAGUUAUAUGGCCCCUUAAACUUUUGUGGAAGAAGUUUAUUUUAAAUCCCUGGAAUUUUAUGCUUUCCUCAUCAAUUUUUUUUUUUUUAAUCAAUUUGCAGUUUUUAAGACAAAUCUGGAAAACAGCUUUGUUCUUUUAUGGGACUGCUCUGAAAAAAAUUUUUUUUUUUAAGAGAGAAUUCUGCUCUGUCAUCCAGGCUGGAGUGCAGUGGUAUAAUCAUAUCUCACUGCAGCUACCAACUCCUGGGCUCAAGUGAUUGUCCUGCCUCAGCUUUCCGAAUAGCCGGGGAUACAGGUGUGCAUUACCGCACCAGGCGGAUUUUUUUUUUUUUUUUUAUAGAGACGAGGUUUCUCCAUGUUGGUCAGGCUGGUCUCGAACUCCUGACCUCAGGUGAUCCACCCACCUUGGCCUCCCAAAGUGCUAGGAUUACAGGUGUGAGCCAGAUUUUUUUUUUACUUUAAUUUUUUUUUUUGUAGAGACAGAGUCUCUCUUUGUUGGCCAGGCUGGUCUUGAACUCCCAGGUUCAAGCGAUUCUCCUGCCUCAGCUUCCUAAGUAGCUGGGACCACAAGUGUGCGCCACUAUGCCUGGCUUUCUACCACCCCAGCAAUCCUACCAACCCAGCCUCCCAAAGAGUUGGAAUUACAGGCGUGAGACACUGGGAAUGGCCUGCGUUGAAUUUUUGUCUCCCCACUCCUAGGUAGCAACUCUGGACUCCACAGAAAAGCUGCCUCUCUCCAAGACCCAGCCCUCCUGAAAGGUCAUCUGUCCCCUCCUCCAGAGAGGGUGAGGCAGGGCCAACAGUGAAGUGGCCAUGUGCACUAGCCCUCCCUCUUGCUUCAGAAGAGAACUUUUCAUCCCUGAGCAAAUUAGUCAAUUUCAAGAGAUAGCAUCUUGAAUGAGAGUGGUCACCAACAAGGAAGUCACAGAGGCCCUCAGCUCCUGUGUGGGGUCUCAAGGGGAGUUGAAUGAGGUGGCCUUAAGGGAUCGCCUAGUACCCAACUUCCUAGAGUGUAUGUAGUAGAGAGAAAGUAGCAUAGGGCUAGAAGGCCAGGUCACAAUACCCUCUUUGGAAUCUUCUGAAUGUAUGACCAACAGGCAAGAACCCCAGUUUCCUGAUCUACAGACCUGACAGGUGGAAACCUACCUACACACAGGUUGUGAGGAUAAAAACAGGUGGUUUGGGCUAGGCGAGGUGGCUCAUGCCUAUAAUCACAGCACUUUGUGAGGCUAAAAUGGGUGGAUCACUUGAGGUCAGGAGUUUAAGACCAGCCUGGGCAACAUGGCAAAAUCCCAUCUCUACUAAAAAUACAAAAAUUAGGCAGGUAUAGUGGCACACGCCUGUAAUCCCAGCUACUCGGGAGGCUGAGGCAGGGGAAUCGCUUGAACCCGGGAGGUGGAGGUUGCAGUGAGUUGAGAUCGCGCCACUGCACUCCAGCCUGGCAACAGAGUGAGACUGUUUCAAAAAUAAAUAGAUAAAACAAACAAACAAACAAAAAAAAAACCAAAAGAACAGGUGAUAUGGUUGGAAGAGGUUUAUCAUGGCCAGGCAUUUAUAAAUCAAAUUGCUUUGGAGAGAUGCCUGUUUGCCUGUUUUUUAACAGGACGUGGGAAUCCCUUGUCUUCCUGGGCAGACUAGAUGUGGUGUGUUCACGGGGAGUUUUGUUUGAGAGAAGCCCCUUUCUUUCCAGAGUGGCUGCUUGGGCUGUGCCUUCCAAAGCUGCUAAGUCUGGUGGAAGGGGAUUGUUGAUAUUCUCCAUGCCUUCUUUGGGGAGCCUCCUAGCCUCUGAAUUAUUGAUGCAUGCCUACAUUAUUAAAAGGAUCUAUUUGCAUUAGUUAGCAGAAUAUGGUGCUCUCCCGUGAAUGAGAAAAGCUGCCAAGUCCUGAUUGCAUCCUCAUAAUGGGUCUGAAAUGACAAGUGUGGAGCAGGCAGCAGAGCCAAAACCACCUUUAUUUGUGCAUCUGUGCUCUUGGGUGGGGGUGUUGCACACCCAGUUUGUCAUGAUCCUGUCUUUUGCCCCUGAGGCCUUAGAAACUCACCUUGUCUCUAGUCCAUUCCUCUACAACCAUCGUAACCCUCUUGUAACCUUUUAAUCCUCUUUGCUUCUUAAAGAUGCAACUCAUGCCACCUCCCCCAGGAAGUUCUCCCUGACUUCCAGGUUUCAGGAUAGGCUGCCAGAGAUCCCUGUGUUAACUGUGAACAGAACCCUUUAUAUCCUCUUGCAUCAGAAUGUCUGUCUCAUCCAGUAGACUGAACCUCGUGGGUAGGAACAGAGGUGUGUUUUACAUGCAUCUCAUUGCUGGGGACAGUGCCAGGAACCCAGCAGGUGGUCUAUGUCUGUGGUGUGUUGGUUUAGUAGUGGGGAAAGGUUUCUUAAAGGAGGUGUGUUUAUGAAUGUUCAUUGCAGCACAGUUUACAAUAGCAAAGACCUGGAACCAACCCAAAUGCCCAUCGAUGAUAGACUGGACAGGGAAAAUGUGGCACAUAUACACCAUGGAAUAUUAUGCAGCCAUCAAAAACAAUGAGUUUGUGUCCUUUGGAGGGACAUGGAUGAACCUGGAAACCAUCAUUCUCAGCAAACUGACACAAGAACAGAAAAUCAAACACCGCAUGUUCUCAUUCAUAGGUGGGUGUUGAACAAUGAGAACACAUGGACACAGGGAGGGGAGCAUCACACACUGGGGUCUGUGGGGGGGAACUAGGAGAGGGACAGUGAGGGGUAGGGAGUUGGGGAGAGAUAGCAUGGGGAGAAAUGCCACAUAUAGGUAAUGGGGAGGAAGGUAGCACAUCACACUGCCAUGUGUGUACCUAUGCAACUAUCCUGCAUGUUCUUCACAUGUACCCCAAAACCUAAAAUGCAAUAAAAAAAAAAAGUUAAAAAAAAAAAUAAAAAGGAGGUGUGUUUAGAAUUAAGCCCUUUGCAUGGUAUAAGAACUGAGAAAUAAGGUGUGUGUGGUUACAGGGGAUGCCACUGGGGGGCUGAAGCACUGGUUUCAUUGUGGGGACUGAGGUGGCUCCUUUCCUUGGAGCGAAUGAUCAGCGUGAGGAGUUGGGGACCAGGUGUGGAUCUAGAUUAUUGUUGCAUAAAUGGCCUAAAUGAAGGGUGUUAUCUUGAGUCUUUAUAGAAAAGGGAGAUCCCUGCCGGGCAGGGUGGCUCACACUGGUAAUCCCAGCACUUUGGGAGGCCGAGGCAUGCAGAUCACCUGAGGUCAGGAGUUUAAGACCAGCCUGGCCAAUAUGGAGAAACUUUGUCUCUACUAAAAAUACAAAAAUUAGCCAGGCAUGGUGGCAGGUGCCUAUACCAGCUACUCAGGAGGCCGAGGCAGGAGAAUUGCUUGAACCUGGGAGGCAGAGGUUGCAGAGAGCUGAGAUUGUAUCACUGCACUUCAGCCUGGGUGACAGAGCAAGUCUUUGUCUCAGAAAAAAAAAAUUAAUAAGUAGAAACGGGAGACCCUCAUGGUUUUCGAGGAGUCAUGGCCAAGAUAAGAGUUACUCUUUGGUGGACUGGCUGGGACAGAGGGGAGAGGGUGAAGGUGGAGAGGAGGAGGAAGGAGGUUUAACAGCAUUUGAGAGCCUAGACACGUAUGCUGAAAUGGAGAGGAAUGGCUAAUCAAAAAUACUGUGUGAGUCUAGGAACCUAAGAAUGCUAGUCCUUGACCCCAAGCAUACUUAUAUAGCAGACUCAACACUAUCAUCUUCCACCUACCGGAUGCGGUUAUGCAAGUGAUAUGACCCAGAGCAUACUGGAAGCUGGCAGGAGCAUCAAUAAUACAUCAGAUAUACAGAUGAACUGCCCAGCGUGUCUCUGGUCUUGGGGAGAAUUCUUAGUAGAUCUGAGAUAAUUGCAGGACGGAGUGUUCUGUUUUCCCAUCCACAGCCUCAAGGCCUGGUGAGGAUUUUGUGUUCUAGAGAGAUUUCCAAGGUGGACAUCUCUCGGGCACUGGAGAUUUUUCUCUCUCACUGGAGCAAAACUCGGAGGAAAGGUCACUCCUGUUUGUCUUGGCUUCUCUGUCAUAUCCCACCUACACUUUGAAAGGCCUGUUCCUAGCGGGGUCUCAGGGAGGCUGUGCUGGCCCCAUCAGCCCUGAAGCUGGGUGGUAGUCCUUUAUCAGAGAUGCCCGUGAGAAUCACUCACCCUGGAACCUUUCCCAGGCACACAUCCGGACCCCUUCCAGCCAGGGCUGCACGGCAUGCUUUGUAAAGGCUCUUCGGGUGAUUGGAGCUUUAAGAGCUACUGAACUAAAUGAUCAUCAAAGUGGACAAAGUAACUGAUCUGCAGAUGUCAGUAGAGUGGAAAGAGGACGGGUCGGAGAGUUCUCCACUUUCAUGAUAAAACCCAGUUCCUUGGCUGGUGUCAAGACCCCGGUGGGCGUCCAUGGCAUCUUUGACCUUAUCUUCCUAUUAAACAGGAUUACUUGUGUGGGGCACCUUGCCUGUCCUCCCAUCUCUCCAAGUAGCAGGUAGUACUUGGAGGCCGUGGUUAAUCCCACUUCCUAGGUGAGCUUUUCCUUCCUGGAAUGAUCCUUGCUCUUACCCUCGCAUUCCUGCUGUGUGUUCCCUCAGGCUGCCCCCUCCUUUUACGUGGAUCAACUCCCUGAUCACUGGAGCCUGUGCCAUGUGUCUCUAAGUUGCACCCACCACCCAUGGAGUCUAGCUCAUGGCCAGGUGGCAGCUUGUAUAGCUGAUACUUUUGUGGGAAAUGGAUCUGCACAAUAUAAAGACAGUUCACAGGAAAGGGAUCCCAAAUGGUACUUCUUUUUUUUGUUGUUUGAGAUGGAGUCUCACUCUGUUGCCCAGGCUGGAGUGCACUGCUGCGGUCUUGGCUCACUGCAACCUCCGCCUCCCAGGUUCAAGUGAUUCUCCUACCUCAGCCUCCCGAGUAGCUGGGAUUACAGGUGCCUGCCACCACACUUGGCUAAUUUUUGUAUUUUUGGUAGAGACGGAGUUUCACCAUGCUGGCCAGGCUGGUCUCAAACUCCUGUCCUCAGGUGAUCUGCCACCUCGGCCUCCCAAAGUGCUGGGAUUACAGGCGUGAGCCACCGCGCCCAGCCUUUUUGUUUGUUGUUUGUUUGAGAUGGAGUCUUGCUCUGUCGCCCAGGCUGUAGUGCAGUAGUGAGACCUCGGCUCACUGCAACCUCCACCUCCCAGGUUCAAGCAAUUCUCCUGCCUCAGCCUCUGGAGUGGCUGGGAUUACAGGUGCCCACCACCACACCUGGCUAAUUUUUGUAUUUUUACUAGAGACAGGGUUUUACCACAUUGGCCAGGCUGGUCGAGCUUCUAUCCCUAAGUGGUCUGCCCGCCUCGGCCUCCCAAAGUGCUGGGAUUGCAGGCAUGAGCCACCACACCUCACCCCAAAUGGUACUUUGAUAAGUUGUUCUACCCAAUCAUAAAAUACCAAGGUUGUAUAAUAUACACGUUGGUGAUGUGCUCUGUUAUUGACAAAAGCUGUGUUGCUGGAGGGAAUGCAAGUUGGUGUGGCCCUUUGGGAGGAAUUAUGACCUUUUCGCAUUCUCUAUCCAAACUACAAAGGCAUGUGCCCUUUGACCUGGCCAUUUCGUUUUGGGACAUCUCCCCUAUAGAGAUAACCGAUAGAAAUCUGUAGGAAAAGAACAGCGCCCAAGAUUAUUUAUGGGAACAUUUUUAUAACAGCAGAAGACUGGGAGUAACUCAAACAUCUGCGAGUUAAAGACUGGUUCGGCAAUUGAUGACACAUUGUACUAGGCAAGAUUCGGAAAAGAAUGAGGAAGGGAAGUGCUGUGUGCACAAACACAGGCAGGUCUCAGGAUGUGGUGCUGACAUAAAGCAUAGUAUGAGGCGGUGGGUAUGGAAUGCCAUCUUUUGUGUAAAAAGAAGCUUGCGUCUACACGCAAGACAAAGACAAUGUAAAAAUUGUCUUUGACAAACUCCGUUAGGAUACACAAGAAAUCAACACGAGGAGUAGCCUGUGAGUGGUGGGAGGAGGGAGGUGUGGGGGAGCACGGGAGACUGGGCCAGGAAGAAAGAUGCUUGAAGGAGAUAUUUUUUUUUUUUCUUUUCAGAGACAAGGUCUCGUUCUGUUGCCCAGGCUGGCGUGCAGUGGUAUGAUCGUAGCUCACUGCAACCUCGGACUGUGAAGGAGAUUUUUGAUGGUUUAUCUUUGGGUAUCAUUUGAAUUUUGAAGCGUGAAUAUAUUGAAUAAAAUUGGGAGCAGCUCAAACAUUUGAGUGUAUUAUCUAUAGUACAUUUAAUUUAAAACAUUUAUAAUUUUGUCAUGAUUAGGCUGGGGUCAUGGGUUUUUGGGAGGGAGACCCCAGAGGUAAAACGUCAGUUCUUAUCACAUGUCAAGGGUAUGUUCUAUCCACACGACUGAUAUAAAUCCCAGUGGCAUAUCCCUAUAAUGUACCUGACCAAAGCCAGGUGUGGUGACAUGUGCCUGUGGUCCCAGUGACUGGGGAGGCUGAGGCAGGGGGAUUGCUUGAGCCCGAGAGUUUGAGACCAGCCUGGACAACGUAGCAAGACCUCAUCUCUCAAAAACCACAAAUUUGAUCAGUCCUCCUCAAAACUGGAAAAGCUGGUGACCACCAGCCCUAGUGCUUCAAUAAAGGCCUGUGGGAGCAGCUGUGCUCAGAGUUGUUGGGAACCAGCCCAACCCCAUACGUGGGUGCUCUUAAUUCCGGCAGUGACGAGGGAUUGAGAAAAGGAAAUAAAGACAGAGACACAAGGGUAGAAGUUACAGCAUGGGUCCAGGGGACCAGCGCAAGCCUGGCAACUGCCUUGGUCCCAAGCUCUGGGCUCCAAACACUUUUAUUAUGUGUAUAAUCUCAUUGAUCUUAUGGACAGGGAAGGGGAGGGUGAAGGGGUAGAUAAGAUAGCCAGGUGGAGAGCACUUGAGAUCCUUCUAAGACAUGCUAAACUAGUACUCUGAGCAUUUAACAGCACUUGAGAUCCUUCUAAGACAUGCUGAACUAGUACUCUGAGUUUAUCACUGACUGUUAUCAGGGUGCAGCUGCAUCAGAAGUAUAGCGGAUGAGGGGCCACGGGUCUGACUACUCCCAAUGCAUCAAGGGGCUUUUCUCUCCAGAGUAUUGGGGACUUAGAGCAAUUAAAAUCGCUCCAUAUUCCGAGAACCUAGGCAGAGCCUGAGGUGUUCUGUGAUCUCUGCCCUGCAAGGCUUUUCUCCUCCUUGCCAGCUCCCAUCUGCAAAGACCCUCCUGGAUCUUGUGAGCAGAGGUCGCCUCCCUUCUCAGAGAUCUUUGCAUAAGCCCUCUUUACGAGGACCUUGUACAGCCUCCAUGUUGAGAAGGCAUCGGUGGGACCAGAGCAGUAUCCCCUGCUCUGCACUCACCCUGCAGUGUUUCCCGGUGUUACUGUGCGCUUUGUUGGUCUUUACCUUAGGCUCCUGUUGCUGCUUGAUUUCUAAUUAACUGCACCGAAUAAUAUAGUUUUGUUCGAUGUAUAAACUUCAGUAUACUCUGAGCCAAGCAAGCUUAUAAUUAUUUAGCUAGAAUUAACAUAGGUCUCUCCCUGGCCAUCUUAACCCACAGGGAUGGUACUGAUACAGCGUGGCAGAGGGACAUGAUGCCUGCAUGGUGUGGAAAGGCCCCCUGGGAUGUUGCUGGGCACAUAGGGAGGAGGUCCAGGCCUAGAGAGGAGUGAAGCCCUCCCAGGGCAUGGUGUGGACCACACUGAAGGGUGGUGGGGUUGGAGACAGCUGGAAGUCAGAUCCCAGGGGCUCUCCUGUGUGAUGCUCAAUUGCUGGGAAGGGGAUGGCAGCUAGUCUCUUUUCCUGUGCCAAUCCUUAUUGGUUGGGUGGCUGCUGAGAACCCUGCGGUACCCUAGCUCAGUAGGAAGAGUGUAUCUUCAUAUAGUGAGGUUACUAAGGACGCAGGAAGAGGGUUAGAGAGUAGGCAGCAGAUAAUGCUGGGCUGGGGAGCCUGGAGGUUUAAGGCCAGCAGACCCUGGCUGAGGCUGCAGCCAGGCUGUUUCCUGUUCUUUUUCUCUUAGGCUUUGGGAAAGCUUUACCUUUUCGGUGCCUCUAUGGCAGGGUCAGAGCAGUUUGGUGACAAAAUGGAAGUAAACCGCAGGUGGAAAACAGCUCUGGGAUCCUCCUAGGCUUGCGCUACUGAGGAUUAGGCAGAACUUGCAGUGUGGCCCAGCUUUCUAAACAAGGUGUUCCCAGGAGGUGGAAAGACUGGUUUUCAAUCAGAUAAAGUAAGAUUCUAUGAAAAACUUUGGAGCCUUGCUGUUCCUAUGAAGUGGUAGCUAUCAAUACACUUCUGAUUAUGACACCAAGGUAAAGGGAAGUGGAAUAAGAAACAGGGACAGUUGAAAAUAAGAAAAAAAAAAAGGCUGUUUGCAUAUGCAUGGGGCACAGCCCGUACAUGUGUGUAUGUGUGCUCCUGUGUGCACGCACACGGGGGCACAGCCUCUACAUGUGUGUAUGCGUGCUCCUGUGUGCACACGCACGGGGGUACAGCCUCUACAUGUGUAUAUGCAUGCUCCUGUGUGCACGUGCACGGGGGCACAGCCUGUACGUGUGUGCUCCUGUAUGCACGCGCACGGGGGCAUAGCCUGUACAUGUUUGUAUGUGUGCUCCUGUGGGCAUGCGCACGGGGGCACAAUCUGUACACGUGUGCUCCUGUGUGCACGUGCACGGAGGCACAGCCGGUACAUGUGUGUAUACGUGCUCCUGUGUGCAUGCAUAUGGGGAUACAGCCCGUACAUGUAUGUGUGCUCCUGUGUGCACACGCACGGGGGCACAGCCUAUACAUGUGUGUAUGUGUGCUCUUGUGUGCACACGCAUGGGGGCACAGCCCCUACAUUUGUGUAUGCGUGCUCCUGUGUGCACACGCACGGGUGCACAGCCCAUACAUGUGUGUAUGCGUGCUCCUGUGUGCACACUCACGGGGGCAUAGCACCUGCAUGUUUGUAUGUGUGCUCCUGUGUGUAUGCACAUGGGGGCACAGCCUCUACAUGUGUGUAUGUGUACUCCUGUGUGCAUGUGCAUGGGGGCACAGCCUGUACAUGUAUAUGUGCUCCUGUGUGCACACGCACAGGGGCACAGCCUGUACAUGUGUGUAUGUGUGCUCCUGUGUGCACGUGCACGGGGGCACAGCCUGUACAUGUGUGUAUGUGUGCUCCUGUGUGCAUGCGCACGGGGGCACAGCCCGUAAAUGUGUGUAUGUGUGCUCCUGUGUGCACGCGCAUGGGGGCACAGCCUGUACAUAUGUGUAUGCGUGCUCCUGUGUGCACGCGCACGGGGGCACAGCCCGUAAAUGUGUGUAUGUGUGCUCCUGUGUGCACGUGCAUGGGGGCACAGCCUGUACAUGUGUGUAUGUGUGCUCCUGUGUGCACGCGCAAGGGGGCACAGCCCAUACAUGUGUGUAUGCGAGCUCCUGUGUGCACACGCAUGGGGGCACAGUCUGUACAUGUGUGUAUGCAUGCUCCUGUGUGCACGCGCAUGGGUGAACAGCCCAUAGAUGUGUGUAUGUGUGCUCCUGUGUGCACGCGCAUGGGGGCACAGUCUGUACAUGUGUGUAUGCAUGCUCCUGUGUGCACGCACAUGGGUGAACAGCCCAUAGAUGUGUGUAUGUGUGCUCCUGUGUGCACGCGCAUGGGGGCACAGUCUGUACAUGUGUGUAUGCAUGCUCCUGUGUGCACGCACACGGGGGAACAGCCCAUAGAUGUGUGUAUGUGUGCUCCUGUGUGCACGCACACGGGGGCACAGCCUGUACGUGUGUGCUCCUGUGGGCACACACAUGGGGGCACAGCCUCUACAUGUGUGUAUGUGUGCUCCUGUGGGCACAUGCAUGGAUGCACCGCCUGUACGUAUAUGCAUAUGAGCCUGUGGGUAUGCGAGGUGGGUGAGAGGCCCCGAGGGACCGGAAACUUCCUUAAAGGUCAUUUGGGAGAGCACAGCUCUCUCUACCACCCACUCUAGGGCAGUUAGGCAAAGGUGUGCCUCCCUUUAAGAGAGCCUAAGGGUCAGUCUGCUUUUCAAAAUAGAUUAUCAGGAAUUAGUACUUUGGCUUGGAAAAGGAAUCUUUAUUUUGUAAAAGAUUUUUAAUCUCUGCAGCUUCUCUGAUACACAUUGGCAACCUGAUUGGAAACUCAGGCCCCCAGCAUCUUUUGGGGGCAUAUGUCUGCAUUCUUGGUUAUAAUGGCACUGCACUGGUUCAGGUAACCUAAAAAAGAUAACUAAUGAUAACAGUGAUUGGUGUAGAUUUCAUACCACAGAGCACUGUGGUUUGUAUAGUAAGACACAGUGAUGGUGUGGGCCACUGCAGAGCUGGCUUUGCAGAUGUGAAGAAUAGUGACUUUGCCUGACAUAGUGUUUGCAUGGAAUUAAACUAGUAAGAUUGAUGUGAAUCUCGUCCUUUCAUUUUUUAUGUAGAUUCAUUGGUUGGUUAACUGUGGAAUUAAUGUCAUAGUGCCUUUUUAAAUUAAGAAAAUGUAGUUAUGACUGCGUGCAGUGGCUCAUGCCUGUAAUCCCAGCACUUUGGGAGGCCAAGGCAGGUGGAUCACCUGAGGUCAGGAGUUUAAGACCAGCCUCACCAACAUGGCAAAACCCAGUCUCUACUAAAAAUACAAAAAUUAGGCAUGUGCCUGUAAUUCCAGCUACUCGGGAUGCUGAGGCAGGAGAAUCGCUGUAAUCCCUGGAGGUGGAGGUUGCAGUGAGCCAAGAUCGUGCUAUAGUACUCCACCUUGGGUGACAGAAUGAGACUCAGUCUCAAAAAAAAAGAAAAAGGAAAAAGAGAAAAUGUAGUUACAAAGAAGUUUCUAAGCAUUUUUAAGCAUUUUAUAUUAAAACAGGAAUUCAGAAGAAAUCAAAACAAAACAAAAAACUGGGGAUGGAGGAAACUCAAUUUUAAAUAUAAACUUUGGGGGUGAGUGGUGAAUCCAGGUGUCGUGAGUCAUUUGCUGGCUUGUUUGUCACGUGGCCUGCUCUAUAAGUUUCACCUUAAUUGAUGUGUUCAUUCGGGAUGGGCAUUCUUCCAAGAUUUUUCUUUCUCCCUUUCUUUGGGGUGCACUGUGUGUGUGUGGUAAGAACAAGGGCCAUGGAAUUAGAGAAUCCUGAGUUUCUAAGGCAAACUCGGUCCCAAGCAGUGUGACCUGGUUACUUAUCUCCUUUGGACCAUCCCCACCCAUGGCCCUCAUCUGUACCCUAGGGAUAAUAUCAUAGUGCGGGCUCUGCAGGCUUUUGGCGAGCAGGUGGGAUGAUGCAGCAAAACACCCAGCCUAGAGCCUAACACCAAUUGACCUGUAAUUUAUGCUGCACAAACACAGCCAUUUUCUGGAUGUUUCCCCUUUUGCUUCCACUGUGAGGUCGGAGAGUGGGGUAACCUCUCCCACAAGCAGCGGGAGUCAUCUCAUCCCAGCCUUUCAGGAGGGUGAAUCUACACCUGGGGUCCAGAGUCUCCGAGAUGAGACUUGAGCCAGGUGCUCAUUCACCAAGACUCAGGCUGUGGAGGCUCUAGCCAUGGUUUCUCCAUGCAGGAGUGAGGUUGGGACAAGGGGUCUUUCUGGGACUCUCUGCUCUGUGGCCCCUGCUGCUCUGGACUGGUUCAUUGGUGAAAGCUGUCACAUUCUCCGGACCAGUUGCCACGCUAUGCUCACAGUCCCUGUUCUUGUUAUCCUAGACGGGAAGUGAGUGAUGACCCUACAGUGAGGGCUCAUCUCAAGAUCUCCAAGGGCUGAAGCUCAGCCAGCACUUUACAAGGGUGAUCUGGAGCCGACCUGGCCUGUUGGCCGACCAUGGGUGACUCUGGGUAGCCCAUACCUAGGCAAUUGAGGAGCUGCCUUGAUAUCUGGUUACAGAAUUCCUGGGACUGAGUCACUGCAGUAAUUGCUGUGAUGAAUUGUGUUUACUUUGUGUGGGGUUCCAAACUGCAGCAGCAGUGACUGCAGUUGGAAGACAGCAUGAUCAGCAGCUUCCAAGGAAGAGCCUGGCGUCAGAAAGCUGCAUUGUGCUAACGCUGAAGCCGGCAAGAGCCCUUUGCAGACACUUGGAUGUUUAGCGAGCUGGUGACUCUCCUUGUCAUGAGUAAGCUUAGUACCUUGGACAAGUCACCCAGAUUCCGCUGGGCAUGUAAUUCUCCUGCUUGGUUGCCUCGAGGUAGAGAGACAGUGAGGGAAGUGGUUAGUGGAGGAACCCUGGCUGUAGCCUGCUGGGGUUUUUUUGAGAUGGAGUUUCACUCUUGUCGCCCAGGCUCGAGUGCAGUGGCAUGAUCUCGGCUUGCUGCAACCUCCACCUCCUGGGUUCAAGUGAUUCUCCUGCCUCAGCCUCUGGAGUAGCUGGGAUUAUAGGCAUGUACCACCAUGCCCGGCUAAUUUUGUAUUUUUAGUAGAGACGGGGUUUCUCCAUGUUAGUCAGGCUGGUCUUGAACUCCCGACCUCUGAUGAUCUGCCUGUCUUAGCCUCCCAAUGUGCUGAGAUUACAGAUGUGAGCCACUGCAACCGGCCGCCUACUGGGGUUUGAGUCCACCUGUGUAAUCUUGUGUGAUAUUAGCCUCUCUGGCUCUCAGCACUCUCAUCUGUGAAAUAGGACAUUUUGGCAGUAUCUAUUUCAUAGGGUUGGUGUUUGAAUGAGUUAACAUGUGUAAAGUGAAUGGUAUAAUGCCUGGCAUGCUGGCAAGAUUGCUCUCAGGGUUAAGGCAGGUUAAGCCUUUGGCAUGCACUAAGAGCUCAGUAAAUGUGAGCUGAUGUUGUUGGUCCUGUAUUUCUAUUUGAGAAGGCUGCCCUGCCCUCUUCCCUCUCCCUCUGCACAGCAGCCUGGUACCCGCUGUUCUCUAGGUUCUGGCCACAUGGUAUGACAUGUUCUGAUGAUCUAGCUGUUCCCAUUAGACAGUGGGGCCACGAGGCAGGCCCACAGGACUUGGCCCUCUCUGUCUCUGUGGCGCCUUGCACCAUGUCCAGCUGACGUGGGGAGGGACUCAGGAAACAGUGAUCAAGUGUGUGACUUUGGCUGGCAUAGUGGUUGCUGGGAGAACAGACAAGGUUCUCUCUCACGAUGUACAGAUUUCAGAUCAGGAAAAGUCCCUGCUGGGGUAAGUUUAUCAAGCAUCUCCCAUGGGCAAGAUAGGCUGUGGCCAGAGCCUUGAAGUACACAGUAGGAGAGCCAGCCUUCCCAGGCCUGGACUUCAAGUGAUGAGACAAGAUAUAACCGCCCAGAGAAUCCCCAUAAUGCAAUCGGGAAAGAGCUAUGCCCAGCAGGAGGCAGGGGAAAGUGACUCCAGCGAUUCCAGGAAGGCUUCCUGGAAGAGGUGGAACGUGAACAGCAUAGGAUUUUGAGAGAAGAAAUGGAAUGGGCUGAGGGAGAUUCUGCUGGUGGAGGCUCAGGUUGACCUAAGGGCUGGCAGCAGCGGAGGCUCCCCAUGAGUGAGUUUGAGGGGGUUCUUUAGCUCAGUCUGAUUGAGGCAGAGGCUUUCUGUAGGGGUGUGGUGUGACCUGAGUAUUGGGUACGUGGUCAGGACUGAGCUUUAAAAGUGAAUGAGAGGGGCCAUACAUGACGGCUUGAGCCUAUAAUCCCAGCACUUUGGGAGACUGGUGGAUCACCUGAGGUUAGGAGUUUGAGACCAAUCUAGACAAUCUGGUGAAACUCUGUCUGUACUAAAAAUACAAAAAUUAGUUGGGCGGGGUGGUGAGUGCCUAUAAUCCCAGUUACUCAGGAGGCUGAGGCAGGAGAAUUGUUUGAUCCCGGGAGGCGGAGGGUACACUGAGCCGGGAUGGCGCUGCUGCACUCCAGCCUGGGUGACAGAGUGAGACAGCGUCUCAACAACAACAACAACAACAACAACAACAACAACAACAACAACAACAAAUUAAUAAUAAAUAGAGAGGGAAGGAAGGCAGGGCAUGAUGCUAUUUAAAUCUCUGAGCAUCUUAUAGCAUUGUUUACAUCCCAGCUUUUCACUGACCUUUCCUUUACCCCCACCCGCACCCUGUGGUCCUUGCUCGGUCCUGCAUUUUCUCUUUCCGGUUCCUCUGUCCCUAGCCCCAUGUGCCAGACUGCUGCAGUGUGGCAGGGAGGCCUGCUGGCAUCCCAGCCAUUUCCUGCCCCCAGGCCGCCCACCCUUCUCCGAUCUAGCACAGCCUUGCCGUAUGUAUGACCUCACCCCUACGGCAGCCGGGAAGCCGGGCUCCUGUUUCCUGCCUGUUUACCCUGGCACAGCGACAGGUAGAUCAUGUGGCACUGCUGGAUGCCAGCCGCGCCUGAUCUUUUGGCCAGAAGGAGAUGGAAAAGAUGCCCCUCAAGAUGGCUGUGCCUGUCAGCUGCACGGAGCUUCGGUCAAGUAUUAUUUUCUGAGCCUGAUGGAUUUACAGUAAAUAUUCAGUCAUCUAG